AUGAGUAUUUCCAACACUUCCCCUGUACCAACACUUGCUGGAAGCUCCAUUGACCUAAACACCAUAACCAGAAAGACUGAUGAAACCAGCAGACGAACAAAGAUUAUUUGCACACUUGGUCCUGCUUGCUGGGAAAUUCCUCAAUUGGAAACUUUGAUUGAAUCUGGAAUGAAUGUUGCCCGUUUCAACUUUAGCCAUGGUGAUCACAAGGGACAUGCCGCCACAUUGGAACGUCUUCGCACUGCCGCCAAGAACAAGCAACGAAACGUUGCAGUUCUUUUAGAUACAAAGGGACCAGAGAUUCGUACUGGAUUAUUCAAGGAUGGAAUGAAGAAGAUUGAGUUGGCCAAGGGCGAAAAUAUUAUCUUGACAUCGGACUAUUCCUUCAAGGGAGAUAACAAAAAGCUUGCAUGUUCCUAUGAAAAACUCGCCGUCUCUGUCAACGCGGGACAGCAAAUCUUGGUCGCUGAUGGAUCCUUGGUGUUGAUGGUUCUUUCCACUGACGAAGCGGCUGGUGAAGUUCUCUGUCGUGUCGAAAACAAGGGUACCAUCGGUGAACGAAAGAACAUGAAUCUCCCUGGCGUCGUGGUUGACGUGCCAACGUUCACCAGUAAGGAUUGCUCCGAUAUUGUUGACUUUGGAAUCAAGCACAAUGUUGACUUUAUUGCCGCUAGUUUCGUCCGAAAGGGUUCUGAUGUCAAGAAUCUCCGUCAACUGCUGUCAGACAAUGGGGGCCAACACAUCAAGAUCAUCUGCAAGAUCGAGAACCAAGAGGGAUUGGAAAAUUAUGACGAAAUUUUGCAAGCAACAGAUGGCAUUAUGGUUGCCCGUGGGGAUCUUGGCAUGGAAAUUCCACCUUCCAAGGUCUUCCUUGCCCAAAAGUUGAUGAUUCGCAAGGCCAACAUUGCUGGAAAGCCAGUUGUUACCGCUACUCAGAUGCUUGAAUCUAUGAUCCAAAAUCCUCGCCCCACUCGUGCCGAAUGUUCCGACGUUGCAAACUCUGUUUAUGAUGGAUCUGACUGUGUGAUGCUUUCGGGCGAGACUGCUAAUGGGCCAUACUUUGAACAAGCCGUGCGAGUUAUGGCUCGAACUUGUUGCGAAGCCGAAGCUUCGCUCAACUACAAUUCGCUCUUCCAAUCCAUUCGCAAUUCCUCUGUUAUUGAACACGGCCAUUUGACCUCGGGAGAAUCUCUUGCUUCGUCGGCAGUGAAAACUGCGAUUGACGUCAACGCUAGGCUUGUUGUAGUUCUAAGUGAGACUGGAACCACAGCGAGAUAUGUUUGCAAGUUUCGCCCAGGAGCUCACGUCAUCUGCUUGACGCCCAACGAAUCUGUUGCUCGUCAAACCGGUGGAGUGUUGACUGGGUGCCACUCUUUUGUCGUCGACUCUCUAGAAGAUAGUCAAGCGCUUGCCACUGAGGUAUCGAUCGAAGCAAUCAAGGGUGGUAUUGCGAAGGAAGGAGACUUGAUGGUCGUUGUGGCAGGAAAGACUUUUGGUCACGGAGCCACUGAUUCUGUACGUGUGGAUGUCAUUGAAAAACACCACUGGGAUGAGAGUAUGGGAGAGUCACAAUCGACUGCGCACCAAAGAGGGAGGCCAGACCCCCUGGGUCACUUGCGCACAGGUUUCAGAAUGCCUGGUUCUGGGAACUAA